UGGCUCUCGCUGAGUUCUUUGCACUUUUUGCGCUAAGGAAUCCCCGCUAAUAAAUCCUUUUUUGUUAUGACCUUUGCAAAGGCAGCGAUCAGAGAAGGAUGUGGAAUUUUACACGUGUUAAGCUCGUGAAACUUCAGGGGAAACACACAGCACACGCAUGAGAGAACAUCCUCAAGACCUACAAACUUGAACUAGAAUCCGGAGAGAGUUCAAUGUGUACGAAAGUUUAGUGCGUGCGGACCGUUCCUGACAAAAGUGAAUCGAAGGAAUCGACAAUGUCUCUUGGAACGAAACCUAUUUAUUGUGUGUCCAGAGCCGGACGAUUCCUGCUGAACAAAACGAACUUUGUGCACCGAAAUGCACCCAAAGUUUCAGUGCUUGUGCAGGGACAGAGUUUCUUCUCCACAACCUCCAUCCGUUCCAACAAACAAGCCAUCAACCCGCGGCCAGAUUGGAACCGAGCUGUGUCAGAGGCUGAGAAAAUUGUGGGCUACCCGACUUCUUUCCUGAGUUUAAGGUGGUUGCUCAGCGAUGAAAUCGCCAACAUUGCUCUUCACCUCAGAAAAUUAGUUGGCUCAAAUCAUCCCUUGCUCAAAACCGCAAAGAACCUACUUAAUAAUGGGCGCAGCAGCAUGCAAGCCUGGGGCCUCAUCGUACUUUUGGUGUCCAAAGCAGCUGGACACAAGUUGGUUGAUGACAUCGAAAUUGACAAAGCUGCUGGUGUUCUCCACAGCCAACGAGCUCUUGCCGAAGUUACUGAGAUGAUCCGCACGAGUAACCUUGUCCACAAAGGUUUGGUCAAUAUUUACCCUGGAAUGUAUCCGGACACCGACGCACGCACAAUGCAAGACAUGACAUUUGGAAACAAAAUCGCUCUGCUUAGUGGUGAUUACCUUCUUGGAAAUUCUUGCGCCGAGCUUGCAAAUUUGAGAAACUCUGAACUUGUGGAGCUAAUGAGCAGUGCUGUGAGAGACAUGGCUGAGGGUGAAUUCGUUGGCGAACGUGACAAGCAAAACAACCCUCUUCCUUCUCCUGGACUCACAGAACAAGAUUGGACCUUGAGGAGUGUCUUGUCGGCGGGCAGUCUGCUUGGAAAAUCUUGCCAGGGUACUUUGAAAUUGGCCGGACAUGGUGAAGAGCUGCAGCUGAGGGGAUACAGGUUUGGCCAGCACUUGGCCUUGGCUUGGCAGGCGUGCCUCGAGUUGGAACCAUUCACGAGCUCGGCUGGGGCAGAUGGACAAAUGCCAUUCAGCCUGACGUCGGCACCGGUCAUCUUUACUCUUCAGGAUGACCCUUCUCUCUUUGAAGAGAUUAACAAGGGAAAGGAAAACAUCGAAGAUGUUGAUUACUCAAAAAUCCAUGCCGCGGUCAUGAGCGGACCUGGAAUUCCUCAAACCAAGGAUCUGCAGCGGCACCACGCUCAAAAGGCCUUGCAGGAGUUGGAGGGCUUUGAAGAAAACGACGCAAGAAAGGCUUUGUCGAACAUUAUUUUUGCCAUGGGUGAAAUCUGACUAGAGCUUCAACACAGUAGUAAUUUAUAGAGCAGAUCAUUUAGUAAACCACUGACCACAUCAAAGAGACUGUGUUGAUUUCUAUAUUGUUUUUACGUCAAUACUGGAGGCAGGCACUACUUGCGCCGCAAAUCACUUAUUAACUUAUGUAAUUGAAGUGAUAACCUAUAGCAGGGGUGAUGGCAUGUUUUGAACUUGCACUAUGUUGGUUCAAAGUAAUGAUUAUUAUUUACCACGUUUACUCAUGAAGAGUAUUAGUGUAGUAUUUUAUGGAGACGUUAACGUUUGUGCAAUAAAUUUUAAUUUUAUAUAUUUGUGUGGAUUUUUGUUUCAAUUGACACCAUUUCAAUUAUCACCUUACAAAUUCUUUAUUUAAAAAACAAUUUUUAACAUGAAGCAGUUAAAUUAUAUUGAUUCAUAGUCAACAAAAAACCGAAGUGUGGGUUAGGACGUUAGGUGUCUGACAAAUAAUUAUUAGUUUAGUAGACUCCACGUUAGCAUCAGUCUGCCUAGCAAAUGAAAAGUAGUGUUUACGUUUAAGUAGGCAAAUAAUAAUCAGUGCGUUGUGAUGACAAUGGUAAUGUAACAGCUUAAUUAAUUUUCUGCAACCCAGUUAAUUGAAUAAUUGUAAGACACCAGGCUUUUUCAAGAUACCAUGCGCUUAAUUUGCAAGGUCGUAACUCAAGAUAUAUUGUUUGGGCUAGUUUUUAAGACAAAUUUGAAUGAUCAAUCAAGUUUGAAACAAAACAUAAUAUGCAAAUAGUAACAAGGCGUCAAUUAAUCCAUCUCUGUCUCCAUGGGUUGAGUAUUGUGACCAGAACUUGAACUAGCUGAGGCUCCAUCUUCGUCAGACUCUUCCUCAGUGCCUCCCAGAAGUUGCUGCAGGAAAUUAUC